CGCUGGGCGCGCGCCGUCGGCGUGGACUGCAGCUCCCCGGAGCCGCGCUGCCUCUGGAUGCCCUGCCUGGUCCACCGCGGGCCGCACCGGGCCAGGUUGCCACUGGGCCCAAAAGAUGGGUGCUCUCCCGGGCGCCCGCUGCCCUGGCAGGGGCCGAGGACCCUGCUGCUGCGCAAGAGUCUCCAGGACGGCUUCGGCUUCACCCUGCGGCACUUCAUCGUGUACCCGCCCGAGUCCGCCGUGCACUGCAGCCUGAAGGAGGAGGAGAAUGGAGGCCGAGGAGGCCGAGCAGCAGGCGGAAGAGGCCCCUCCCCCCGGCACCGCCUGGAGCCCAUGGACACCAUCUUCGUGAAGCACGUGAAGGACAAUGGCCCUGCGCACCGGGCAGGGCUCCGCACAGGAGACCGGCUGGUGAAGGUGAAUGGGGAGAGCGUCAUCGGGAAGACCUACUCCCAGGUCAUAGCCCUGAUCCAGAACAGCGAUGACACCCUGGAGCUGUCCAUCAUGCCCAAGGACGAGGACAUCCUCCAGCUGGCCUACUCCCAGGACGCCUACCUGAAGGGGAACGAGCCCUAUUCCGGAGAGGCACGCAGCAUCCCCGAGCCACCCCCUCUCUGCUACCCCCGGAAGACCUACGCCCCACCGGCCCGGCUGUCUGCCUGGGCCACUAUGGUGCCUGAGCCCACCUCAGCCCUGCCCAGCGACCCCCGGAGCCCCGCUGCGUGGAGCGACCCAGGGCCCCGCGUCCCACCCGCCGCCCGCACCCCGCCGGAGCCCUCUUCCUUGGGGAUGAGCCAGCCCCGCCCGAGCCCUGGUGCCUUCCCUCACCUUCCCUCGGAGCUCCGGACGCCCCGUGCCUUCCCGGAGCCCAGCAGCCGGGCGCUUCCCAGCAGACUGGAGUGCCAGCAGGCCCUGUCACACUGGCUGUCGAAGCAGGUGCCCCGCAGGGCAGGGGAGAGCCAGUGCCCGGCCAUGCCACCCCGGGCCCGCAGUGCCUCCCAGGACCGGCUGGAGGACAUGACUGCCCACCGUGCGUGGCCCUGCUCCACGUCCCAGGAUGCCUUGAGCCAGCUGGGCCGGGAGAGCUGGCAUCGGGCUCGCUCGGAGGAUUACCUGGGCCGGGCCACCCGCUCCGCCGAAGCCCUGGGGCCAGGUGCACUGGGGUCGCCCCGCUUCGAGCGCUGUGGUUGGGCCUCCCAGCGUCCCGCUGCCCGUACAACUGCCUGCCCUGCUCGGGACCUGCCGGGGCCUCAGGCCUCUCCCGUGCCUGGCCUGCAGGGCCUGGAUGACAUUGGGUACAUUGGCUACCGCAGCUACAGCCCGUCCUUCCAGCGCCGGACUGGCCUCCUGCACGCGCUCUCCUUCCGGGACUCGCCCUUUGGGGGGCUGCCCACCUUCAGCCUGGCCCAGACCCCCACGCCGUUCCCGCCCGAGGCCGCUGAGCCACCCCGGGUAUCGAGGCCGGAGCCCAGUGCCCGGGCCCUGGACGCCCCCACUGAGGCUCGCCGCGAGGAGGUGGUGCUGAGGCAGAAGCCGCCCACCGGCCGCAAGGGCCAGCUGGGCCCCGCCAGGCAGAUGGACCUGGGCCCCGGGGACGAGUGCCCGGAGCCAGAGGCCAGUGGGCGAGUGGAGCGCCUGGGCAGGAGGGUGGCCCCUCUGGCCACCACCGAGGACUCCCUGGCUUCCAUCCCCUUCAUUGAUGAGCCCACCAGCCCCAGCAUCGACCUCCAGGCCAAGCACGUCCCCGCCUCCGCCGUGGUCUCCAGUGCCAUGAACUCGGCCCCGGUCUUGGGCACCAGCCCGUCCUCGCCGACCUUCACCUUCGCCCUCAGCCGCCACUACUCACAGGACUGCAGCAGCAUCAGGGCCGCGCGCCGCUCCUCCUACCUGCUGGCCGUCACCACCGAGCGCUCCAAGUCCUGCGACGACGGGCUCAACACCUUCCGGGACGAGGGCCGGGUGCUGCGGCGCCUGCCGAGCCGCGUGCCCAGCCUGCGGGUGCUCCGGAGCUUCUUCACCGACGGGUCCCUGGAUAGCUGGGGCACCUCCGAGGAUGCUGAUGCCCCUUCAAAGCGACACUCAACCUCUGACCUCUCAGACACGGCCUUCAGUGACAUCAGGAGAGAAGGCUGGCUGUCUUACAAGCAGGUCCUCACCAAGAAGGGGAAGAAGGCGGGCGGCGGCCUGCGCCAGUGGAAGCGGGUGUACGCCACGCUGCGGGCACGCUCGCUCUGCCUGAGCAAGGAGCGGCGGGAGCCCGGGCCGGCGGCGGCGGGGGCUGCGGCGGCCGGCGCAGGUGAGGAGGAGGCGGCGGCGCCCGUCUGCAUCGGCUCCUGCCUGGUGGACAUCUCCUACAGCGACACCAAGAGGAGGCACGUGUUCCGGCUGACCACCGCUGACUUCUGUGAAUAUCUCUUUCAGGCUGAGGACCGCGAUGACAUGCUGGGCUGGAUCAGAGCGAUCCGGGAGAACAGCAGGGCCGAGGGCGAGGACCCCGGCUGUGCCAACCAAGCUCUGAUCAGCAAGAAGCUUAACGAUUACCGCAAAGUGAGCCACGGCUCUGGGCCCAAGGCCGAGUCCUCCCCCAAAGUCUCUCGGGGCCUGGGGGGGCUCAAGUCUGAGUUCCUCAAGCAGAGCACGGCGUGGGCCCUCAGGACCCAGGAGCAGCCCGCGGGGAGCAAGGAUGACAAUGCAGCUGCCCCCAAAGCCCCCUGGGGCAUCAACAUCAUCAAAAAGAACAGGAAGGCCGCCCCGCGGGCCUUCGGGGUCCGGCUGGAGGAGUGCCAGCCGGCCACGGAGAACCAGCAUGUGCCCCUGAUCGUGGCCGCCUGCUGCCGCAUCGUGGAGGCCCGGGGGCUGGAGUCCACCGGCAUCUACCGUGUGCCGGGCAACAACGCGGUGGUGUCCAGCCUGCAGGAGCAGCUCAACCGCGGGCCCGGCGACAUCAACCUGCAGGACGAGCGCUGGCAGGACCUCAAUGUCAUCAGCAGCCUGCUUAAGUCCUUCUUCCGGAAGCUGCCCGAGCCUCUUUUCACCAACGACAAAUACAAUGACUUCAUCGAGGCCAAUCGCAUCGAGGACGCCAGGGAGCGGAUGAAGACGCUGCGGAAGCUGAUCCGGGACCUCCCAGGACACUACUAUGAGACGCUGAAGUUCCUCGUGGGCCACCUCAAGACCAUCGCAGACCACUCGGAGCAGAACAAGAUGGAGCCCCGGAACCUGGCCCUGGUCUUCGGGCCGACGUUGGUGAGGACGUCCGAGGACAACAUGACAGACAUGGUGACCCACAUGCCCGACCGCUACAAGAUCGUGGAGACGCUGAUCCAGCACUCGGACUGGUUCUUCAGCGAUGACGAGGACAAGGGCGAGCGAACCCCCGUAGACGACAAGGAGCCGCAGGCGGUGCCCAACAUCGACUACCUGCUGCCCAACAUCGGCAGGACCCUGCCCGCCAGCGAGCCGGGCUCAGACGUCACCACCUGCAGUUCGGCCAAGUCCAAGGCCUCGCGCGCCCCCAGGAGGGAGCCGUACGCGCGGGAGAUGCUGGCGAUCUCCUUCAUCUCGGCCGUCAACCGCAAGCGCAAGAAGCGGCGGGAGGCGCGGGGCCUGGGCAGCAGCACGGACGACGACUCGGAGCACGAGGUGGCGCAGGCCGGGGCGCCCAACCCCGCGCCGCCGCCGCC